AUGGGGGUUUCCCCUUCCCACUUCGUCCAGGAGCGAUGCGGGGGCGGGGGGGGCAGUGGCGAGGGGACUAGGCAAUCCACGGGCUCGAGGCGCCCCCCAGUGGUGUCUCCCGAGGGAGGGAGAGAGACAGAGACAGCCAGACACCGAAAGACUGAACUAGAGAGACAGGGACCGCGAUGGGAGAGAGCUAGGGUCCGAAAAAGGCAGAGACCGAGAGAGGCGGGCGGAGAAACGCAGUCAGAGACCGAGGGGGGCAGAGGCGAGCUGAAGCCCGGGAGAGACCUGACAGCGUGUCCCGCUGCCCGGGACGGGGCUCGGGCCCGGCGCCCACGGGACCAGCCGCCACUAGAGGGCACCUCGCGGGAGCGGCCGUCGGCCGGGCACCCCGGGGCCCGGCGCCCCCUCCCCGGCCCCGCCGCCCCGCGCCCCGGGCGGCCGAGCCCCCUCCCGGGGCGGGCCGGCUCUCUGCGGUCCCCGCCCCCGGCUGGCGCGCGGCCCGACCCGGCAGAGCGCUGUCCGGGACCCGAGGGAGGCCGAGCUCCAGGCGAAAACCCGCCCUCCAGCGAGCUCAUUUCCCUAAAAAGGGGGGGGGGGGAGGGAGGGAGGAGAGAAGGAAAGAGGGAAAGAAGGGAAAGGAGCGGAGAAGGCUGGAGGCUCAGGGAGAGAGCCGAGGAGCCGCGCAGGAGAGGGGGCGGGAGACAGGAAGGAGGGGGGCGAGGACAGGGAAGGGGGAGAGGUAGAGACGCGCGAGGGGGGGGUGGUGGGUAGCGCGGGGAGGGAGCGCGCGGGCGAGCGGAGGGGAGCGCCCUCCCCUCGCCGCCAGUCCUCCGCUUCCCCUCUCGCCGGCUCCCGCGUCCGGGCGCGACCCGCCGCCGCCACCGCGCCCGCCGCCACCGCCGCCGCCGCGCCCUCCAG